AUGAGUUAUCCUACCCCACAAACCACCAAGAUUGAGAAUUCUCGAUUGAGACUACUCAAUAAGAUCAAGAAUGACGAGUACCCAUUGAUGACCUUUGUGGCCAUUCCUUCCAUACGCCAAGCCCAAAUCGUUGCCUUGACUGGCCUUGACGGUAUCAUCAUCGACUGCGAGCACGGCCACAUCGGCGAUGAUGCGAUGCACAAUUCCGUCUCAGCCAUCUCAGCCCUAGGAGUCUCCCCUAUUAUUCGAAUUCGCGGACCAUCCCACGACAUUAUCAAGCGCGCUCUUGACACUGGUGCCCAUGGUAUCAUGGUCCCUCAGAUCAACAAUGCUGAAGAAGCAACACAAAUUGUCGCAUCGGCCAAAUUCCCACCGCAGGGUGUGCGUGGUCAAGGCUCAGCCUUCCCAGCUAUUGGCCAUGGGCUCACAACACCUGAAUAUAUGAAGGCUGCCAAUGAGACCAUUCUGACCAUGAUUCAAAUUGAGACACGCGCCGGUGUCGAAAAUGUGGACGCCAUCUGUGCUGUUCCUGGCGUAGAUGUGGUUUUCAUCGGACCCAAUGAUUUAGCACAGUCUCUUCUGGGAUACACACCUGCUCGUGGUGAUGAGCCAGAAUUUGUGGCCGCCAUUGAUAAGAUCGUUACCGCCGCGAGAAAACACGGCAAAUGGGCUGCACGCAUGGUUAAUAAUGGAACAGUUGCGAAGGAAGAGAGGCACAGAUACGAUACGGUGGCAAUCACAGGUGAUACCAAGGCCAUUCAAAACUGGUAUAUGGCUGAGUUUGAGAUUGCACGCUCAUGA